AUGGACAAAUCAAAAAUGAAGUCCAUUCUACCCAAGCCUUCCGGGUCUAUGCUGGCUGCACCUGCCUCCAUGAUGGGGAGCAAAAGGAAGUCCAUGUCUUCCGCAGAAAUAUACUCAAAGAGGCCCAAGCAAUCGCAGUCCUCGCCGUCGCCAACAUUCUCAAGCUCCAUGAUGGACUCAGUGCAACUUUCUCCAGAUGAUGGCGAAUCCAAAGAUCACGACGCUUCACACUCACUGAAGCAGGCCAGACCUGUGACCAGUUGCACGUUCUGCCGGCAGCACAAAAUAAAAUGCAACGCAUCUCAAAACUUUCCGUCGCCUUGCACCAGAUGUAGCAAGUUAGGGCUUAAGUGUGAAAUCGAUCCCCAGUUCAAGCCCAAGAAGGGCUCUCAGAUCCAAAUGUUGAUUGGAGACGUUGAGGAGUUGAAAGCCAAAAUCGAGACGCUUUCUCAAAACGAGCACUUGUUGACACAGGCUUUAAACCAGCACAAUCGGCAGUUCCUGCAACCAGGCAUAUCCGGUCCGCAUCCGGCGUCUUUUCCUGGGUUUUCCAAUAGAAUGCCAUUUUCAGCAAGCAACACACCAAAUUCCGCAAUGGACCAAAUAACAGGACAUGUUAGGUCGCCUCUUGGAUAUUCUCGCGUGCCUUCCUAUUACCCGUCUCCCUCUGGUGUUAUGGUGAACGAUGCAACUGGUCCCACGUCUGCCGUCACAAGUUUAAAUCAAGUAUUGGCCGUGAAUUCGGCAGACAACUCACCCGCGACUCAUAGAAUCGACACAUUAAAUAAAGAAAAUGCUUCACCCGAUGUCGAAGGGUGUGCCAUUCCAGAGUAUUCUGAAUUCAUACUUGGAGAUGUAAGACUUCCCUUGAAGAAGGCUGAAGAGCUUCACGAUAAAUUCAUGACCAAACUCGUUCCUUUUUUACCCAUAAUAUCUUCUAGGAGUGCAUCACAGCUAUAUUAUAACUCGCAGCUCUUGUUUUGGACUGUCAUGUUGACUGCAUCCCUCUCUGAGCCGGAACCCACCCUAUACAUGUCUUUGGCGUCUUUGAUUAAACAGUUGGCCAUUGAGACUUGUUGGAUUAGAACUCCACGCUCCACACAUGUUAUCCAGGCGCUAAUCAUUCUUUCCAUUUGGCCAUUACCAAAUGAGAAAGUUUUGGACGACUGUUCUUAUAGAUUUGUGGGAUUGGCGAAAAACCUUUCUCUUCAGUUGGGAUUGCAUCGGGGUGGUGAGUUCAUUCAAGAAUUCAGCAGAACCCAAGCAGAUUUAGGGCCCGAAUCUGACCUUUGGCGCACUAGAUCAUGGCUCGCUGUAUUUUUCUGUGAUCAUUUCUGGGCUUCAACGCUUGGCUUGCCACCAUCAAUCAACACCACUGAUUAUUUGCUUGAGAAUGCUCGAAUAGACUAUUCUCUUCCUACAAACUUCAGAUCUUUGAUUUCGCUAUCUAUUUUCCAGUGCAAGUUGGUAAAUGUGAUGGGUAUUUCCGUCACAAGAUCAGAUGGUUUACUCGAGCCACUGAAUCGUGCUGCUUCUUUGAACAUACUCGACCGUGAACUAGAACGGCUCAAAUUCAAGCUAAACGUGAUGGAGGGCUCUUCGGUUGAAAUUUACAGUCUCUAUAUACGAUUGAUGAUCUGUUGUUUUGCAUUUUUACCGGGAACCCCAAUUGAAGAUCAAGUCAAAUAUGUGAGCGCAGCAUAUUCGUCAGCCACCAGAAUCAUUACCAUAGGAUCUCAGAUUUUGAGCUUGAACUCGAUCUCUUUGAUCGAGCUUCCGAUCUAUGUCAGACAAUCCCUCACUUAUGCGGCGUUUAUUUUGUUCAAAUUACAUUUGUCGCGUUACCUCAUUGAUAAAUAUGUGGAUAGUGCAAGACAAUCUAUUGUCACUGUGCACAGAUUAUUCAGAAAUACGCUAUCGUCUUGGAAAGAUCUUCAAAAUGAUAUUUCAAGAACCUCUAAGGUGCUUGAGGACUUAAACAUUGUGCUAUAUACAUACCCCGAGAUUUUCAUUCCCAACAGCACACCGGAUUCUAGCGGCAGCAUUAUUAGUCGCAUGAGAUCUCAUUUGACCGCAUCACUUUUUUAUGAUUUGGUGUGGUGUAUUCAUGAAGCUCGAAGACGUAAACUAGCAAACAAGAAUGGCGAGCAGCAAGUGACAAGAAUCAAAGCGGAAGGCGAAGAAGAAGGAGAGGUUGGGCCACGACCACAGCCUUUGCCUUUCUACAAUCAAAUCACCAAAGAUGAUUUCAAAACUAUCACGACAACUACUCCCAGUGGCACCACGAUUACAACUUUGGUUCCAACCGACCAGGCAUUACAUCAAGCCAGAAGUACCCAUCAACAUGGAUCGAAUAAGCCGCUUGAAAUCAAUGGUAUUCCCCUCGCGAUGCUCGAGGCAACAGGUAGCACGAAGGAUGCGAAUUCGGCUGAGUUUUCACAACCAAAACAAACUCAGAUGGAAUUGGCACUGUACCUGGCCAUGACCAAAGACAACAUGGAUAUUGCAAACGCACCGGUGCAAUUUGAAGACGCGAGAUUGCACACAGGAGGCUACCCGUACAAUGCCAACUCUGCGCCCAUGUCUGGCAUGGCAGAUCAGUUGGAUAAUUUUUUCCAGCAACAAUCGCAUGGAUGGCUCAACAACAAUGGCCAGGACGACGACUUCCUUGGGUGGAUUGACGUAAACAUGAUACACGAAAAGUGA